CCGUGAUAAGAGGCGAGAGGGACGAAGGACAUCAGUAUCCAACAUCGGCGCGCGUGACCUCGGUCGCGAGCAGUUGCAAGGUCGUGCUAAGGUCGUUUAUCGAGGUGUCUCCCUAGUCCCUCGCCACCGCCUCCGCCGCUCCUCCUGUCGAAAUUGUCGAGCCGCGAAUCGCGCAUUUCGCGUUCCUCGCGAAUCUCUCGACAAUGUAGUCGAUCGAGAGAUGCGUAGGACACCCCCCCCAUCCACCGAGGUUCGCGCUUUUGCGCGGUAUUCGGUUCGCGGGUAAGCCCAACUGAGCGCAACAUUUCUGAUAUCGACGUCAUCAUGCCGGAAAGAACCCCGUUGAUGCGGAAAGAAACCCCGCGGAGGGCGAUAGCCGAUUGAACGACGAAGAGAAGAUAUAUAGAGUCGUUAACCGACUCGCGAAAGGUCGUUCACUUGGAGUUGGAGGUGUCGCAGCAACGUCUCGCUCGAGCCGCGGGCAAGGUGAAAAAGAUUCGGCGAAGAUGAAGACGACCGUGUCAGGCGUUUCUCUUCUUCUGGGUCUCCUCUGCGUCAAUCUUCCGGGUGUCACCAUGGACGCUGACCCGUUCUGUGGUGGUCACUUGGCCGGCUCCAGGGGUGUUAUACACACGCCGAAUUUCCCCGGACCGUUUCCGAUUCCGAUCAAGUGCCGCUGGGUGAUCGACGUGUCCGACAUCCCGUCGACCAACAGCUCCAUCGUUGUCUACCUGACGCAGCUCUACGUCUACAAGGGGCUGCGCUUCACCGAGUACGCGUACUACGAGUCCGAGACCAUGAACUACGGGGCGGCCCUGGUUAAAGAGGUGACCGAGGGUAACGUCUUCGAGUACCGACGCCUCAGGACGUUCAGGCAGUUCCUGGUGGUCGAGUUCGAGCUCGAUCGGCUCGAGGGUAAUCACGUCAGAGUGCUGAAUGACCUGCUUGACGUGUAUGGAUUCAACGUGACGUACGAGAUGACCGAGGAACACCCGAAUCCCGAUUCGUGCACUGUACGUGAUUGUUCCUUCGCGGGCAACUGUCUCGUCUCUACGGAUUACACGUCCUUCUGGUGCGAUUGUUUCGAUGGUUUUAGCGGAAGGAGCUGCAACGAAGGUCCGUUGUGUUUUAACGACGAACAUAUUCCAGUUUGCCAAAACAAAGCUACAUGCAGGCAAAUUGGGGCAGAAGCAAUGCACUGUGAUUGUCCGGAUGGUUACGUUGGGCACAAUUGCGAAACUCGUCUUUUAGACACCUCAGACACCGAAUGCGCAUCGGAGAAUUGCAUACUGCAAUGUCCUGUUGACGAGCAGGAGCAACCGUGCACUUGUAAAGACGGCACAAAGAUAUACAACAAUCGAUCGAGGUACGAAUGCAGAAUCAAGUUGUCGAACGUUACGUCUCUCCGCACGGGUCUGAUAUCUCAACAGGGAAGUUUGGAAUUAUUUGUCAGCAAGCAGCUUGCAAGAUACUUAAAGAACUCCAAUAUCACUUCCAUGGAGGAAUUAAAAAUCCUGAACGUGACACCAACGGCCGAAGUUACUUUUCAUUUUUUCGGGCAUUCCGACGACGGUGAUAAAAUUCGCGAGUCCCUCAAUCGACUCGUGCAGCGUCGACGUCUCAGUGAAAUUGCGUUGGAGUCCACGCACUUCACCUUCCAACAAAAGCCCGCGCUUAAGUUACAGAGUCUCCGUAUUAAUCAAGUAAACGAUUACGAGGUUCACUUGGGAGAGCAAAUCGUUUUGUCGUGCGCUGCUCAAGGAAGCUACAGCAUAGAUUUCAUCUGGUACAAAGAUAGCAUGUUGGUGAAUAUGAGUAAAGCUGUCAGAGAAAUUCGAAUUAAUCGUAUGCCGAAUGAUGGAUCGGAUGUAUACACGUCGGUGCUGACGAUCGACAAGGCGACUCUGCUCGACGCCGGUCAAUAUACGUGUCAGGUAGUUGACUGGGGUGUGCAGCAAUGCAAAGGUAUCUACAUCGAGGUCAGGGAUGAGCCGGACGUGAAGGUGGUGCCGAUGAGCGCCACUAUAGAGAAAGGCAAUGAUAUACAGCUGACCUGCAUGACUCCCAACAUGCGUAACAUCGGGAUCGGAUUCGGUUGGACGAAGAAUCGCGCCUUGCUCAAACUGGAGCCCGGUCGAGCGGUUUGGGAGGAUCUGUAUCCAGCGGGUAGCAUUCUAAAGAUCACUAACACUCAGAAAUCGGCAAUUUACACCUGCAACGUAGCGCACAAGUCCAUGUCCGUGCGAGUCGAAGUCAUGAAUCGAACAUUGAUACCGAUAUGCUUCAAAGUGAAGUCUUGGGGUUUGCAAUGGCCGGACACUGCACCUGGAUCAGAGGCGUUGCUAGAGUGUCCUCGGUAUUUCGUAGGCCGACGAGUGUCCAGGCUUUGCUCGAUGAAAGACGCUACCACACCCGAAUGGCAAAUACCUGAUUUUUCGUCCUGCUUAUACGAACCGUUGAUUUUACCGUAUAAUAAUUUUCGAAGUCUGACAUUGGGUUACCAGAAAACCACGAGUUUGGACACGAUCCUCGCCUUUAGGGAGAUCUUGCGCAAACGUACACUGCCGCUCUAUCCUGGCGAAGGCGAUCGUAUAAUGAGCAUGUUGGCAGAAAUCGAACGUUAUCAGCACAGUAUCGAUCCACAAGAUGCAUACACGUCCGCGGAGGCUUUGACUCACAUAAUAAAUCGCAUACUGGACGAUGAAUACUCAAUCUUGAGUCAAGAGAAACUAUCGAUGUUGCUUCAGCUUACGCAACGCAAUUUAAUCCACUGGUCCAAACAGCUGAAAGAUGUAUAUAAACAUCUGUCUCUAUCGUCCAUGGUUGUAGAUAUUCAGCAACUGCAAUCUCAAAGUGGAGACAGUAUAACGCAUUCCCUUCAAAUACCUUCGUCCGAUUAUAUAUAUCCUGAUUGGUACGAAGACAAAGUAGCUAUAAGAUUAUGGAAGAAGAAGCAGCGCAAUGUAAAAUCUAAUAACACAUUUACCGGAAUAGUUAUCGUGUACAAAAACAUGUCGCGAUUUAUACCAACAGCAUACGUUAAGGAACUCGAUGACGGUACAGACUUAGAAUUUCGCAUCAAUUCUCGAGUGAUUGCUAUCGCGGUGCCCUCCUUUGGCGCUGAUAAAUAUAACAAGAUAUGGGUUGAUCUGCAAAUACGGCAUUUACAAAAUCAGACGAGCUCCUGGAACACGUCCUGCGGCCUGAUAGAUAACACUGGAUCGUGGGAUCUCAAUACUUGCAUAGCAAAUACAGUGUCCGGCGAUGUGAUGACGCAUUGUUUGUGCCCUACUACGGGGACAAUAGCUGUUUUCUUGACGACCCGCGCAGUAAAAGUAGUGCUGGCGAAAACAGAGCAGACCACGUUUAUCAUAAUAUUCGGAUGCAGUAGUUGCCUCAUUCAGUGCUUGCUGUCUGCUUUGAUACUAGGUGCUUUUUGGUGGAAGCACAAAAGCUGGCUGAAUUUUCUAAAACUCCAGUGCUGCGGUGCAUUGAUAGGCGCGAUGGCCAUCUUUAUUUACGCCGUCCACACUAAUCUUCCGGAAUCAUCUUACUCGCUCGUGGCAAUAGGAUUAGAGGCGUUCCUCCUCGUGGGCAUGUCCGCGCCUAUUUCCGAAGCUCUAAUAGUAUAUGCCGAGCUCACACAAAUUCGACCGAGCCAACAUCUCCAGCCGACGGUGAUCGCCGUGAUAACUGGGGUCCCGAUCUUAGCUGUAUUUGCAACCGAAUUAACGCAUAAGAGUACCGGAUUGCGGCACGAAUCCUGGUGGCUCAUAUAUGGCAGCGGCGUCUACAACAUAUUUGUCAGCUGCGCUACAAUGAUGUUUUUAGUAUUCAUGCUGCUGUACAUGGGGGUGCUCCACAAGGUCCACACAUUAGUGGAAGAGAACGUGAUGAAGAGAGAAGCUAUAGAAGCGAGAAUACGAAUACUGCACCGUGCGGCUAUCGUCAUAUGCGGCAUCGUCGCCAUGGAGGCAUCCUCUAUUUUCUAUAUAAAUUCAUCAUCCGUUAUUUUCCACUACGUAUUUGCGUCCUUAUCUUUCGCCCUGGGCUUCAGUAUAAUAAUCGUAUACAUCGUUAACGGCGAGAGUGCGAUUAUCGGGCCAAUGCUGCGGAGAAUCAAGUGGAAACGCAACGUAGACGAAGAACACACGUCGGAACCCAUCAAAGUGUGUUCGAAAGCUGACGCUGAAGUGGAGAACGACUCAGCGACUCCCCCGGCGUCGUCCUCGAUCGUCGGCGAGCCAUAUCGGGAGGUGCGAGGUGUUGCCGCGGGUAGCAUAGACAUGCGUGACUUCGUGUCCGAGUCCUCGUCCGCCUACGCCAAGUCCUCCGUCCCCACGGUCAGCAGAUUUCUGCCGGAGAUCCGGAUAGAUCAUUCGGACAACAUCGACCUCGAGAACUACAGCACGAGCCCGCGCAAGUAUCAGGAACCCCCGGUAUUUGUCGACCCGGCGUUUCCGACGCGCGGCACCCGCGUCAACGAGGCGGUGGCCUACGGCGUGAACGAGCGCGGCGGCUUCCGCGGCGACGUGUCGGGCAAGUAUCGCGGGGACGGCAAGAUCUUCCUGCCGGCGACCAGCGUGUCCCCGGAAGCUUCGGCCAAGGUCCUCUGCAGCGCCGACGUGGAGUCGCGAUUGGGCGCGAUGCCGGACGUCACGCUGGCCGUGAAGAGCGACGUCGAGCUAUCGUCGCGAUCGAGCGCGGAGCUGAAGAGCCGGGAGCACGUGGUGAGCGCCAUGCCGGACAUCGCCAACACGAGCGAGCGCAAGCAGCCCGACGGCGAGGAGAAGACACCGGAGAUCGUGGUGACGGCGGGCGGCUGCGACAGCGCGACCAACGGCAUGCUGGACCGUAUCUCUCACGACCUCGAUUAUCUGCUUAAUCGCACGCACGCCAACGAGGGAGCUUGAAAUCUGUCAAGCUCGCGAGAAAGUAUAUUUGCGACAGACGCGUCAACAGACGUAGGUUGUUAAAUUUGUACAAAACGGAUUUCGCCACAAAUUUCCACAUUAAUAAGCGAAUCGCAGAUCAUUUCGUAUCGUACUUGUAUCGUAGUUUAUCUAGGAUAAUGCUCGUCGAUAUGGCGUUUUUCGCUAUGUAACGGAGACUAUAUGAUAACGCGAUGUUGCUCAUUUGCUACAACAUAACUCAAAAAGUUACUUGCCAAUGAUGAGAAUUUAAUACACUAAAUGAAAAUAUAUAGUCAGAUAUUUUUAUUCUUUUUUACAAUUAGUUAUUACACUAAAAUCCCAUUUUAAAAUAAUAUUACAAAAUUUUAACGAUUUAAAUUUAAAACCAUCUCAUCUGGAAAACUUUAUUUUUUGAGUUACGUCAUUAUUGCAGCAAAUGAACGAUACAGUCGUAUUAGGAGCUGCAAACCAAAAUCUCUAAAGUACAUAUAUACAUAUAAUCCUUUCUUAUUUCUUAUACUCUCGCAUGUGUUCGAGACCGGAGCGUCAGACCAAUUGUAAUCUGAUCGCUGAUAAUUGAAUCGGCAAUAGUCGUAAAAGUCGAUGUGACAAGUGAUCAUCAUCGCACUCCAUCCACAUCAGAAAAUUUACCUUAAAUCUCGAAAUUUUCACGCUUUAUUAUAGACACUUGUAUUUACGUCCAUUGUAUAUCGUGAGGAGACCUACCGUACGAAUAAAUGAAUAGAACGCUGAGAAAUCAACUGCGUGAGAAUUCGAUUCGUGUACGAUUUGUACAGAUUUUUCAGAAGGUGAGAGUACUCAAGUCGA